UUUCCCCUAUUUCUCUAAUGUCAAACAUCUUCUUCAGUAAUUCUAAUCUUUGUCUUAUAUUUUAACAAAAUUCUAGUGUAAAUUUUCAAAACUUUUUUUUAAAUGUUUAAUAAUAUUGUUUUACUCUUUCCAGAGGCAACAUGAAUAUGAAGAACAGAAAGUAACUUUAUUAACACGGAACACCGAAGUUUUUAAUCCAUAUCCGAACACUGAUAAGCUCUAGUGCAUAUCGGAACACAUUCACAGCCUCUAGCAAUAUUCCUGCUAUCAUUCUUCAGUAUCUUCUCCAUAAGCUGUGACCUGAUAUCCUCUCAACCUCAAAAAAAUCAGCCAACGUUUGUUAACUGCAUAUUGAACAAGUGUGCCUUGAACAAGAGUAACCUUUCGCCGUCAAAAGGAGAUCAAUUCUCAUCAAAAGUAUCCGAUCCUGCAUAGUUUCCUCCUGAACUUCCGCGUCACAGAGUUACCAUGAUGAGUUUCCAGACCGCAGUGUUGCUAGUGGUAGUGACGGUGAUGGUGGUGGUGGUUGACUCGCGAUCUCUACGCACCAGGAGGACUGGAAGGAUCUGCUCGACCAGAGAUAUCCUGCAGGCGGCUAAUGCCGUCUGCAACCUCACUCGACGGUCCACUCGAGGUCCUGCUCCGGCCGCCAGUGAAACGUCGACCUCAGGCGGGCUUUCCGAACGCAGAGGAGCGCAAGAACAUUUAGAACACCUUAGCUCGCUUAACAGCUUUAAAAAUGAUGUGUCCAACAGAAAAGUCUACUCAAGGAAGGUCAGAACAGCCAACAGUUACCCAAGAUUUUCUGUUUCUUCUCUAGUGAAGAGAAAUGUAAACUCAGAAAUUCUAACCCUUAGGGACCUCAGAGUUAUGUGUUGUGUACGCGAGUGCUCGAUUCAGGAUUUCAUGGGUGCUUGUACGUGAAGAAGAAGCGUCCAAGUUCUAAGUUCUAAGUUCUAGGUAACGUGUUGGAGUUACUUAUAGCGGACGGUUGCAUGUGAAGAAUGUCCCAGCAGUGAGACUCCCAAUCAAGUGAGCACUUGACUGGCAGUCUCACACAGUCGACUUGAGAAUGGUCCAGGACGGACCGAAACGUCGUCGUUCCUUUCACCUUCUAGUGUGUGGUCUGGUCAACAUUCUUUAGCCGCGUUAUUGUGACUCAUCGCCUGCAAGUGAGCACUUGAAUUUAAACUCUUCGAACCAGAGCUGUGACAUACCCUCUUCAACACCAAACUUGUGACUUAACAGUUAUCAAUGGAUUUAAUCCAAAUAGUAUGAUAUACAUUUGGCUUUGAAACUAUUUCAUACACUCAGGGAUAUUGGAAGAAAUUCUCGUGAUGCUAAUGCUGGCUAGAAGACUUCACUCGCAUCUCAUGUUUCUUCCUAACUCCAUGUAUCAUGUGAUGUGAUGCAAUGUUCAUCCUGUGCAAUGUGAAUAUUAGAUGAACAUAUAGCUAACUCUUGACCGAUACUCUGGUCAAUAUAUAUACCUUAUAUAUAUGUUAUAUAUAUACCUUAUAUAUAACAGUGAACAGCACACCAAAGAUUGUUAAUAAUAAUAAUUCAAAAGAUCUAUAUCAAUUAUAUUAUACAACGUAUAUACCUCCAAGCUUUAAGACGUGUCUCCAUUUUCAUUAUA